GGGCGGUCCUUUACGAUGCCCUCGUUCACUUUCAUUCAUCAAGCGCGUAAACUCGGUCAGUUCUGCAGUGUGUUUCCAACCUGAUACGGUCCUACCAACACACACCCUCAUCGUUUAAACCUCAUCAGCGUACUAAAGUACUGAAAACUGACAGUGAGCAUCAGCAGCCACUAUGGCAGAAGCACACCAGGCGGUGGCCUUCCAGUUUACCGUCACCCCUGAUGGCAUCGACCUCCAGCUGUGCCAUGAGGCCCUGCGACAGAUCUACCUCUCCGGCCUGCACUCGUGGAAGAAGAGGUUCAUCAGGUUCAAGAAUGGGAUCAUGACUGGAGUCUACCCCGGGAGCCCGACUGGACUGGUGGUGGUGCUGGUGGGGUACAUGUCCUCCACCAAAUACGCUCAGAUGGAUCCCACACUCGGCCUCUUCACCAAGCUGGGGCAACACUUACCCAUCAGUAAGUACAUGGCGGAGGACAGCCAGCAUGUGGUAGGGGGUGUACUGGUUGGCACAGGGCUCUGGGUGACCAUUAUCUUCGUCAUGAGGAAUGUCCUGAAGUACCUUCUCUCCUGGCACGGCUGGAUGUACAACCAACAUGGCAAAAUGUCCAUAAAAACCAGCAUCUGGAUGGUCCUGGUCAGGCUGUUCUCUGGGAGGAAACCCAUGUUGUACAGCUUCCAGAAUGCCCUGCCCCGGCUACCCGUCCCCUCAGUGAAAGACACAAUGAGACGGUACCUGGAGUCAGCGCGGCCGCUCAUGGACGACGAGGAGUACAAUAGGAUGGAAGGUCUGGCCAAGGACUUUGAGAAGAACCUUGGCCCCAGGCUUCAGUGGUAUCUCAAGCUCAAGUCCUGGUGGACCUCCAAUUACGUCAGUGACUGGUGGGAGGAGUACAUUUAUCUCCGAGGCAGAGGACCCAUCAUGGUCAACAGCAACUACUAUGCCAUGGACUUCCUGUACGUGUUCCCCACCCACUUGCAGGCUGCCCGUGCUGGUAACGCCAUCCACGCCAUCAUGUUCUACCGGAGAAAACUAGACCGGGCCCAGAUCAAGCCGCUAUUCUUGCUGGAGAACCGAGUGCCACUUUGCUCGGCCCAGUGGGAGCGGAUGUUUAACACGUCUCGCGUCCCCGGUCAGGAGUCAGACACCAUUCAGCACGUGACGGAAAGCAAACACAUCGCAGUCUUCCACCGCGGCCGCUUCUUCAAAGUGUACGUGUUCUAUGACGGGCGCCUGCUCCUACCCCGGGAGAUCGAACAGCAGAUGGAACGCAUCCUCGCCGAUAAGUCUGAGCCACAGUUCGGCGAGCAGGCACUGGCCGCACUCACCGCCGGAGACAGAAUACCCUGGGCCAACGCACGCACAGAAUACUUCAGCCGCGGGAAGAACAAGCAGUCGCUGGACGCCAUAGAGAAGGCUGCCUUCUUUGUGACCCUGGACGACACAGAGCAGCGCUAUGAUACUGAAAACCCCAUCGAGUCCCUGGACAGCUAUGCCAAGUCCCUACUCCAUGGGAAGUGCUACGACAGGUGGUUUGAUAAGUCCUUCAACCUCAUUGUGUUCAAGAAUGGUACCAUGGGUCUGAAUGCGGAACAUUCGUGGGCGGAUGCCCCUAUAGUUGGUCACCUCUGGGAGCAUGUCUUGUCCAUGGACCCUAACAAGCUGGGCUAUGCUGAAGAUGGCCACUGCAAGGGCAAAUUGCACCCCAAUCUGCCUGGGCCUCAAAGGCUGCAGUGGGACAUCCCAGAGGAGUGCCAGAACAUCAUCAACAGCUCGCUGAAUGUGGCCAAGGCCCUGGCUGACGACGUAGACUGCCACAUCAUCCCCUUCAGUGACUUUGGCAAGGGCCUUAUCAAGAAGUGCCGCACCAGCCCCGACGCCUUCAUUCAGAUCGCUCUCCAGCUCGCACACUUCAGGGACAAGGGGAAGUUCUGCCUGACAUACGAGGCCUCCAUGACACGCCUGUUCCGUGAGGGACGCACAGAGACCGUACGCUCCUGCACCAUGGAAACCUGUGCCUUCGUACGCGCUAUGAUGAGAGAUGAGACGAGAGAGGAGAGGAUGAAGCUCCUGAAGGAGGCUUCAGAGAAACAUCAGAACUUGUACCGCCUGGCCAUGACUGGCAAGGGCAUCGACCGCCACCUCUUCUGCCUCUACCUGGUGUCCAAGUACCUGGGAGAGGAGUCGCCUUUCCUCAAAGAGGUGCUAUCUGAGCCCUGGCGGCUGUCCACCAGUCAGACUCCCCUCCAGCAGGUGGAGCUGUUUGACCUGAAGAGGCACCCGGAGCGUGUGAGCAGCGGAGGAGGCUUUGGCCCGGUGGCUGAUGAUGGCUAUGGCGUGUCCUAUAUCAUUCUCGGGGAGGAUCUGAUCAACUUCCACAUAUCCAGCAAAAAAUCAAGCCCUGAGACAGACUCUCAUCGCUUUGGAGCUAACAUCAGACAGGCUAUGCUUGAGAUUCUGGCCCUCUUUCAGCUGGAUAAGAAAAACUCCAAGUGACUUCUCUUCUAAACAUAGGAAGAUGCCUCACAGAGAGAGAAUGAAUGUUCUCUUGACCUGUACAGAAACACUGUUGGAUUUUAAUUUAUACAAUUCAAAUAAUUAUGUUAAGGAGAGGUAACUAGGGAAAAAGGUUUUUCUUCAUGAUGAAUGUUUGAUAUUUGCCAUUAGGUCUGUUUGUUUUUAUUCAAACUGGGGUUAGGGGUCAGGGAUGAGACUGAAGGGCCAGUGGGAGGAUGGUAUGGCCAUCUUUUUAACCUGAGCCGUGCCAGUGGGCUUUAGAGAGCCAUGCUGGAGUCACCCCCCCAUGCCUUGUUGUAGGACUGACCGGUCAGCCAUCGCCUCCCUCUUAGCUGUUAUGCUCUGUACCUGUACUGAUUGUUUUUGUUAAUAUUAUUAUUAUUCUCGUUUCCACUUAGGCGUCUAACGUCUGACUGAGACAGUAGUGGCCAGCUGCGAAGAAGGGGGGUGGUAGCUGGGGGGCCGGGGGGGGGGGGGGGGGGGGGGGGGGGGUCAUGAUUCACCUGUUUCCAUGCCUGAUGUAGCACCUGUUAACUGAGAGCAUUAUUGCGCUGGCCAUGAAAAGAGUGUGGGAGAGCAUGCACAACAGUAUGCCUGUGUGUGUGUGUGUGUGUGUGUGUGUGUGUGUGUGUGUGUGUGUGUGUGUGUGUGUGUGUGUGUGUGUGUGUGUGUGUGUCUGUGUCUGUGUGUGUGUCUGUGUGUGUGUGUGUGUGUGUGUGUGUGUAGUGCUUACACGCCCUAUAUCUGAAUGUUCAAAGGGAGAAUGUUCUUUACCAGAACAAGAUGGCAACAAGAUGGCUGACCACUGUAUUAGCUAGUAUUUCUGCGGUAGAUAUCACUCAGAAAUAUUGUAGAUGCUUAGGGAAGGAAGGUGGGUGAGGGGAAGGCGUUGACAUUGACUUCCUCUGUCUGAGAAUGCUCUGUGGGUGAGGUCCGUCAUCAUGGCGGAGGAAAACAACUAUAUUUAUUCAUCUGUUUUAGUCUAGUUCUUUUCACAUGAAAAUGGGAUGCUAUGGGGAGCUAUAACUUAUGUUUUUCAUAGUAGAUUAAAUAAUAUUGUCAAAGCAGUUAAAUGUACAGUUAUGAAAUGGUCAACAAACCAUAAACAUGUUACCUUUCAAGGUAUUCCAGAUGUGAAGUUGUUGUAUUUUUCACCGUAGGUUUCUAAUGUGAAAUUUUGCAUGGUUUUGAUGAAGAAUGACAUCAGUAUGCUCACUGGAUUAAUGUGUGCAAUGGGAUGAGCAGCUGAGAAACCAAGAGAUUUUAACACAAUAAAAUUUGGACAUCUAAGAGAA